AUGAACGAGAGGCCCGUAUACGAGAGGACUCUGACAGAGUCCCAAAUGCUGGAGCAAUUACCGAGCGAGAUCGCGAAUCUCGUUCGGUCUGCUUCGGGGACUCAACAGCUACACGCGCUUGCGCUUGGCGCAUUACAACCACAGUGUACAGAAAGCGUGUUUAGACUUUAUGAACCGAUCGUCGUCGACCUGGCAUCUCGAUGGCUUCGAUCGGAUCUCAAUGCCGACCCUAUCCACGUCCUGGCGGCAUUCGCUCGCAUCCUACCAUUUGCGACACACCUCCGAUCCUUUGCCAGCCAACAUGCCUUGUCCCAGGCAGGAGCUUUGUCAGCUCUGACUGGAACAAAGGAACUUACACUGCGACAGUUGGAUUCGAAUAGCAUUCGUGUCUUACUACUAGCACUAUUCCGACUUCUCUCCUUCGAUUUGGAAACCUUCUCCAAAGCCGUAUCGCCGAUCCAACUUCAAUCUCUUUUCCCCCACGAUGACCGAGUUAUCAGAUACCUCGCCGUCAGAUGCUUCGCCCUUUACAUGCACGCGGCUGAUGCAGCCACCGAGAAGAUGCUCCGCGUCAACACUGGCAGUGACCCAAUUGAAGGAGAUUGGGAGGAGACCACUAUUGACUACCGCCUUUUGGGUAUUUGGGAAGAGCGGCGAUGGGAUGUUCUCGGGAACCAUAUUGAAAACCAAAGAUCUUCAAGACCAGAGAAUGAGACCAUGGAGUUGAUCGAUAGGACAAGAGAAUAUUUCACCGCGAGAUCCGCAGAUGUUUGUGGUGUCUUGAUCCCUCGACUGAAGGAUGCUAGGCCGUCUUCCUCUUCCAUCGUCAAAACCACAACCGCGACAGAGAAUUUGCGCCGUAUCGCUAGAUCUCUUCUGGGUUUCAAGCCUGUCCUCCUUGUUGGAUUGCCUAACGCUGGAAAAACUACCCUAAUCAAUGACAUCGCUGCCGCCAUGGGCCAGGCGGAAACCAUGGUCACCUUGCAUCUGAACGAACAAACGGAUGCUAAGAGUCUGCUCGGCAUGUAUGCCACCUCGUCUGCAACGGGCUCCUUCUCUUGGCAGCCUGGUGUGUUGACCAAGGCCGCGAGAGAAGGCCGUUGGUUGUUGAUCGAGGAUCUUGAUCGCGCUCCAUCUGAAGUUAUUGGACUCAUCCUUCCCAUAAUCGAGAGGGGAGAGUUGACAAUUGCUAGUCGGAGAGAGCGCAUCAAAUGCGCGGAAGGCUUCAAAAUCAUCGCGACCAUGAAAUCUUCUUACAACAUCUCGGGAGAGGAAAUUGCUCCGAACACAUCCAUGCUUGGAAGCCGAUUGUGGCAGAGAGUCCAAGUCUCAUCUCUUCCUGUGGACGAGAUGCGCAAUGUCAUCCUUCAAAAGUUCCCUCUUCUUGAGUCGCGCGUGCCAAUUAUCAUGGAUGUGUAUGGAAGGGUAUGUGCUGCGUUCCACGGAAGUCUGGCGAUCAAGGGAUCUCAGGGUCGGACACCCGGUUUCCGUGACUUGAUCAAGCUUUGCAGUCGAUUGCAUCGGCGCUUGCAACGUAUGGGUGCAAAGACUGGCUUUGAACCUACACCGGAAGGUGUCGACGAUGAGAUCCUGUUGGACAUUGUGGAUAUCUUCCUCAAGUACCUUCCUGAAAAGUCAAUGCAAAGCUCUCUCGCGUCCGUUGUAUCUGAGGCACUUCAGAUUUCGCCUCAGCGUGCCCAGUACUGCCUUGAUGAGCGCACACCCAGCUACACGGACAAGAACAACUCUCUUAUGCUUGGCCGUGAGACUCUUCAGAAGAUCAAGGUCCCGAGUGGCUCAGCAUUGAAGCUUGCAGCGGCAGCAUCUCGCUUUGCUUCCACGAGAUCCGCCUUGGCGAUCAUGGAGCAAGUCGCCGCUUCAGUGCAGAUGGCAGAGCCUGUCUUGCUUGUCGGAGAGACAGGUAUCGGAAAGACCACUGUCAUUCAACAGCUCGCUACCUUGAUGCGUCAGAAGCUCACAGUUGUCAACUUGUCUCAACAGAGUGAGAGUACUGAUUUGCUCGGAGGGUUCAAACCAGUCAGCAUCCGUACAAUGGCUGUGCCAUUGCUUGACGAGUUCACCCAGCUGUUUGAGCUCACAUUUUCAGCAAAGAAGAACCAAAAGUUCCUUUCUUCUGUGUCCAAGUGUGUUCCUUCGGGAAAUUGGGUCCGUCUUGUCAACCUAUGGCACGAAGCUGUUCGCCUAGCCAAUGGUGUCUUUAACCCUGCCAAGGAGACUGAGAAUGGUGAUGAGCAACCGGCUAAGAAGCGAAAGCUAGACUCCCCGAAAUACCAAUACCUGCGGCAACGAUGGGAAGGAUUUGAGUCUCAACUUGCCGAUUUCGAAGCUCAGGUUUCCCAAGGAGAUGCCAAAUUCGCCUUUGCCUUCGUCCAAGGUAAGAUUGUGAGAGCAUUGAGGAAUGGUGAGUGGGUUCUUCUCGAUGAGGUCAACCUGGCUUCCCCCGAUACUCUGGAGAACAUUGCCAGUCUGCUGCAUCAUGGCAGUGAGGGCUCUCCAUCUGUGCUCCUAUCAGAGGCUGGUGACGUUGAGAGAGUAUUUGGACAUCCCGACUUCCGUAUUUUCGGUGCUAUGAACCCUGCAACCGAUGCAGGCAAACGGGACCUGCCUCCUGGCUUGCGAUCUCGAUUCACUGAGUUUUACGUGCAUUCCCCGGACACCGACUUGAACGACCUCCUCGCGCUUAUUGAAAAGUAUCUCGGUAGCUUGACGUUGAGCGACCAGCGCGCGGCACCAGACCUUGCACAAUUAUACAUGGAGGUCAAGAAGCUCAGCAACGAGAACAAGCUUACCGAUGGAGCUGGUCAACGACCGCAUUUCAGUAUCCGAACCCUUGUUCGAGCCCUCAUCUAUGUCAUCGAUCACGCUGGCACUUAUGGACUCCGUCGUGCGAUUUUUGAAGGAUUCAGCAUGAGUUUCUUGACAGUUCUCGGUAUAGAGUCUGAGCGAUCUUUGAUCCCUCUCCUCGAGGCACACAUCUUCGGCAACGCAAAGAAUGCCAGGGCUCUUCUUGGCCAGACUCCAAGGCCUCCCCAGGACGGUCACGACUAUGUCCAUUUCAAACAUUACUGGAUGCAACGUGGUCCUCUAGUUCCCGAGGAGCAACCUCACUACAUCAUCACUCCGUUUAUUGAGAAGAACCUGAAGAACCUCGUCCGAGCAAGCUCAACGCGGCGAUUCCCGGUUUUGCUGCAGGGUCCGACGUCUGCAGGAAAGACCAGUAUGAUUGAGUACCUGGCCAAGGUCUCCGGCAACAAGUUCGUUCGUAUCAACAACCACGAGCACACAGACCUGCAGGAGUAUCUUGGUUCUUACAUCUCCACUGACGAUGGAAGUCUGCGGUACCAGGAGGGUGUUCUGGUAGAGGCCUUGCGCAAUGGUUACUGGAUUGUCCUUGAUGAGCUUAACCUCGCGCCCUCCGACGUGCUUGAGGCUAUGAACCGACUCUUGGAUGAUAACAGAGAGCUGUUCAUCCCUGAAACCCAAGAAGUUGUCCACCCUCACCCUAACUUCAUGCUUUUUGCCACGCAAAACCCUGCUGGUCUUUAUGGUGGUCGUAAAGUCCUCUCUCGUGCGUUCAGGAAUCGUUUCCUUGAACUGCAUUUCGAUGAUAUUCCGGAGAGCGAGCUAGAGUACAUUCUGAAAGAACGAUCUCAGAUUGCACCAUCUUUCUGCACCCGAAUCGUUUCGGUUUACCGCAAGCUUUCGUUGCUGCGUCAAUCCAACCGACUCUUCGAGCAGAAAAACAGUUUUGCCACCCUUCGUGAUCUCUUUCGAUGGGCUCUUCGUGAUGCUGAUGAUCGCGAACAACUCGCAGUGAACGGUUUCAUGCUCCUUGCUGAGCGUGUUCGAAACCCCCAAGAGAAGGCUGCUGUCAAGGCUGUUAUUGAAGAAGUCAUGAAGGUCCGCCUGGAUGAAGAUGUUCUGUACAGUACCUCGCAGCUGGAGAAGAGUGUCCCUCAGAUGACUGGACUGCCAUCUGACAUUGUUUGGACCAAGGCCAUGAGGCGCCUGUUCAUCUUGGUCUCUAAAGCACUGAGAAAUAACGAGCCAAUUCUUCUUGUUGGAGAGACCGGCUGUGGUAAAACCCAACUUUGCCAGGCUGUCGCUGAGGCCUUUGGCAGAGAGCUGUUCAUUGUGAACGCCCAUGUGAAUCUGGAGACUGGUGAUCUCAUCGGUGCUCAACGACCCAUUCGAAACCGAGCAGCAAUCGAAAAACAACUCUUGGAAGAUUUACAACUCCUUGUUCACGGUCAGCAGCAUGAAUCCUCUUUUGAGCAAUUGAAGCAGGACUUUGCGGCCCUUGAUGCGCAACAACGAGAAGAAAAAGACCAGGACUUAUUGCGCAAAGUGGAGAAAAAUCUCAUCCGAUGCAAUGCUCUUUUCGAGUGGUCUGAUGGAAGUCUGAUCACUGCCAUGAAGACCGGUGAAUUCUUCCUUCUUGAUGAAAUUUCUCUUGCAGAUGAUUCUGUUCUCGAGAGACUCAACAGUGUUCUUGAGCCCGCUAGGUCCAUACUUUUGGCUGAGAAGGGCCCUGUUGAUUCUAUGGUUGUGGCCGAUGGUGGCUUCCAGUUCCUGUCAACCAUGAACCCUGGUGGUGAUUAUGGUAAACGAGAGCUUUCAGCUGCUCUUCGAAACCGUAUGACUGAAAUCUGGGCGCCCCAGCUUUCGGAAGAUGAAGAUAUUCUCCCCAUUCUUCAAAUGCGGUUGAACCUAGAGCAAGAGCAAGUUGCUCGAGCAAUGCUUCAGUUCGCCAAAUGGUUCAAGACUACUUUCCAGAAUACCUCGACUACUUCUCUUUCACUUCGUGAUCUCCUCGCUUGGGUUGAUUUCGUGAACACUUGCCAAACUGCGGACCCCUUCUUUGCCAUCAUCCAAGGUGCAGCCAUGGUCUUCGUUGAUACACUUGGUGCCAACCCAGCCGCUAUGCUCGCCAUAUCUCUUAACAAUCUGGACGGUAAUCGUCAGAAAUGUCUCGACAAGCUGAGCGAAUUGUUCAGUGCUGAUGCCUCCAAGAUUUAUCGGGAAUCCUCGAAUGUCACCCUCGAGCCCGGAUUCCUUCGAGUAGGCCCAUUCUCUCUACCCACUGCCGGGGACACCGAACCCGACCCGCAAUUCACUAUGGAUGCCCCAACAACCAUUGCAAACUCCGUUCGCAUUGCUCGUGGCCUACAGUCGUCGAAGCCUAUCCUUAUGGAAGGUAGCCCCGGUGUCGGCAAAACCACGCUCGUGACAGCACUCGCAAGGGCCCUUGGAAAGCCCCUCACUCGAAUCAACCUUUCAGACCAGACCGAUCUUACCGACUUGUUCGGGUCUGACGUUCCGGUAGAGGGUGGAGAUGUUGGCCAGUUCACUUGGCGUGAUGCUCCAUUCCUCCGAGCCAUGCAGCGUGGUGACUGGGUCCUUUUGGACGAAAUGAACUUGGCUUCGCAAUCCGUUCUCGAAGGUCUCAACUCUUGUUUGGAUCACCGUCAACAAGUAUACAUCGCCGAGCUUGACCAGACAUUCAAGCGCCAUCCUAACUUCGUCCUCUUCGCUGCGCAGAACCCACAUCACCAAGGUGGUGGCAGGAAGGGUCUUCCUGCAUCUUUCGUCAAUCGUUUCACUGUCGUUUAUGCAGACAGUUUCACUGAUGCAGACUUGAAGAGAAUCUGCGCUAAGCUUUUCCCUGGUAGCCCUACCAUCCAGACAGAAAGACUAGUUGAAUUCAUCUCCACCCUGAACCGAGCUAUCACAACGGAGCGCCAACUUGGAGCUACUGGUGGCCCCUGGGAGGUAAACUUGCGUGACAUCCAGCGAUGGCUACAGUUGGCGGACCGAGGCGAUUUGCAGAUCCCAACCAAGCAUUUCCUUGAUGUUGUCAUCAAUCAAAGAUUCAGAAGCGAAGAGGAUCGUGUAGUGGUCUCGCAGAUCUACGACCGUAUCUUUACGGACUCUGAUAUCGGCCAAAAGAGCUACUUCCACAACCUUACGCCUGAGUAUCUACAGGUCGGUUUGGGAGUCUUGACCAGAGACCCUCUCCUCCAACGCUCAGUUGAACCAAACAUGAAGGUCCUUCCGAAGGACCUCCACAUCCUCGAGUCGCUCAUCCUAUGUAUUGACAACUCCUGGCCGAGUAUUCUGGUUGGAGCUGCGGGAUGUGGUAAAACCACACUGAUUAGGAAGCUUGCGGCUGUUAAUGGUGCCAACCUUGAGGAACUGGCUCUCAGUGCCGACACAGACACGAUGGACCUGAUUGGUGGGUUUGAGCAAAUUGACCACCGGAGAGAAGUCUCAUCAUUUGUUCACGACGUUGAGCUUUUCUUGCGGCGUCAGAUCAUCCACUCUUUCGCCUCAGGCGAUGUCUCUGAUUCUGUGGCUUCGGCUCUUUGGAUUUGCCAGCACUUCCAAAGCUCGGAAACUUCGCUGGAAACCGUGGUCUCCUCUCUUUCCGAACUUUGUCAGUCUUACCAGGAUCCUACUUUGCAAGACUUCCUCACUAGAGCUCAGAAGCUGUGGGACACCAUUCGCAAUACCGACAAGAUGAAGGUUGGGUUUGAGUGGACCGAAGGAGUUCUUACGCGGGCUGUUCAGAAUGGAUACUGGGUGGUCCUUGACAACGCAAACCUCUGCAAUCCAUCCGUCCUGGACAGAUUGAACUCCCUGACUGAACCAAAUGGUACUCUCAUCCUCAACGAACAGCGAACCGAGGAUGGCUCGGCGCGCAUCAUCACCCCUCACCCGAACUUCCGUAUCUUCUUGACCAUGGAUCCUCGAAAUGGUGAGCUUUCUCGUGCUAUGCGAAACAGAUGUGUUGAGAUUUGUUUCAUGUCAAGCGAGGUUAAGGACAUCCCUGCCACAAUCGGGCCUUCCUACACUUGCGAAUCCUCGCUUUACAGACUCCGCAACCUCUGGGAUUUGGAAAUUGCCCCGUCGUCCACAAAUCUUCAAGACUCCAUUGAGGUUUGUCUCGAUCAUCUUUCGCCGGUAGACUUUUUCUAUCUCCAGAAGUCAUCUGGCACCUAUUUGCCCAGUUAUCCCGAUGCUGAAGUAAAAAGACUUGUCCAAAUUGCCCUGCAACGUCGUUCUUCUGCCCUCCAAGAAAAUGAACAUUGGAAACCUCUCAACGCUAUUGCUGGGGGGAUUGUUAUGGGUGGGGCCUGUUUGGGUCUGCAAGGAUCCCUGCAGCCAAUGCACCCUUUGGUCAAUGAGCCGCUUUUGUCUGUUACAGGUGGCAGUGGCUACCGCUCAGACAUGGUCAUUCUCGCCUACCUUGAAGAAUUCAGGCUCGACAUUCAUCGCCUUCGACAAAAAUUGGUUCAAGCCAACGAGUCUGGAUUGCAACUUAAGCCCAGUGAAAUGACGCGCCUCGAGAGGUCAUUGGCAUCGACGCGGAUUCAGUCAUUAAUGAAAGAUUCAACGCAGCCCGUUGGCUUCUUCUUAUCUGAAUGCGGCCAGGCCUUGUACGAUUACAUCCAAGGCCUGGACGAGACUAGCCUUCGAUCCCCUGAGGUUGUGGCAGCACUCCGUACCAUCAUCUGUUUGUGCUGGGAUGUUUACCGCGCGACAGACGUCAGCCAAGUUGACGAAGGUGAAUUCCAAGUUUACCUGCAAAUUGGUCGGAAGGUGUGCGCGUCGUUGCUCAGCUCUUCGCCCGCAUUGAAGCCUUUGGAAAGCGGACUAUCUCGCGCACUUGCUCAAUUCCAAGCUGGCUGGGCGAUGACUACUGGUCUUAGCAUGCAGAAGAUCUGGGACUCCUGGAGACAUAUUACCCCUUCCACCCAAGAGCAGCUAAAUUCCUUAAUUGAGCUCGAGACUACUGUCUCCGAAUUCACAUCUCUUGCCUUGCAAACACGCGUGGAGCUGUCUCAGCUGAGCCGUGUCUGGGAUUCGCUAGUCACUGCUCAGCGAUUCAUUCUUCGGGAUGGCGCCGAUGGAGAUGCUCUUAUUCAGAGUAUUAAGCAGACCGUGGCUGAGCUUGGCCAGGCCGUUCGAAGAUCCGACUCUGCCCAAUACCCCUACUUCUCUGAAGAAUUUGAGGCUUUGUGCCAGUACCAUGACAUUUCAUCGGACAUUAAUCAAAGUGAAGCAGCUAUUAAAUCUGUCGUACCCUUGCUUGCUGGUCGUCCUGCCCGCUCACUCGACUCUUCGGCCUCUAAGAGCCAAGUUCCCGAACUCCUCCAGCGAAUUGCAUCUUUCUCCGGUGCCGCAAAGGAAUCAAGCUCCCCAUUGGCAAUUGGCGGUGUUCUGUCAUUGUCAUUGUUGGAAAGAUUGGCAUCGGUUGGUAAUACAACCUUGGGCCAGAUGGAUAUUCUCCAGGCCGAGAAGCAGGCCCUUUCAAAGGCCCUCUCUUUGAGCAGUCAACAAAUUGCCAUGGACCAGGCUGGCAACCUCAAACGCGUUCUCGCUAGCCUCACGCUACAGUUGGUCGCUUGCCAUAGAGAGCUCUUGGAUUCUCAAUGCGCCGAAAAUCUCAUUUCGGUUCUGCAGAACAUCGAAGCAGGCAAGUCCGCGGAGACUGCCCCUUCCGUGUCGCUGCGCCUUGACCAAAGUGUUGCAGAUGGCCAUUACUUCAAAGCUUUCGCCGAACAUGCCCUUCCAGCUCUCAUUCGCUCAUUGGCCUCGGCUUCCCCCAACAUCAAUGAGAACAUUCAUUCUACCGGCCUCGCGGCAGUUCAGCUGGCCAUGAUUCUUUUGCGACUCUUCGUGCCAGACAAGGCCUUUGAUCCCUCCCUUGGCCUGGUUGUUCAACGCACGCGUCAUUACCAACGUCUCGAUGAAAUCAGUGCCAAGUCUAACGCCAUUCUUGCGUUCGAGGAUUCUUUCUCCGGUCAGCCUUCAAACUUGCGCUCCGCCUUGUUGCAAGAAGAAAUCCAAAAAUUGGGCUCUGCUCCCCCUCCCUCAUCUGUGACUCGCCCUCGGAAAUCUGAGCUUGGCCUACUCCAUGGCGAGUUCACGAACUUGAUUAAUUCCGUUCUCAACAGGAACCCAGACCAGAUGGUUGGAUCUACAGAGACGGCAUUGAAGUCCCAGGAAAUGAUUCAGCUUAUGAGAAACAAUAUCGAACAGCUCAGCAACCGCCUCAGCUCGCACUACAGAUCAUACGACGAUAUUACUGUGCCAGUGGUUCGCUUCCUUCAGCUUCUUGAUGUUGGUCUUUUCUUGGGCUCCAACCAGACUGAUAAGGCCGGUGAAGCUCUUGACAUCCAGUCUUUGAGCAACCGCACUCCAUUCUUGGGAGGCUCAAUCCACCCUAUCCAUUCCGAGGAUGCCGUCAACCAGCCUGCAAGCUCAACCAACCUGGUUGAAAUGCGACUCCAUGAGCUAUCCGCUCUCUGGGUGGCCAAGGAUGCAGAUUCAUCAGUCCUUGACCUUAGAUCAGCGCGUGAUACAAUCCGUCACGUCUUCGCUGAUUUCCAUCAUUUAUGGAAGACUAGACUCAGAGAGGACCAGGAGAAGGAAGCUGAGAAGUCUGAACUCUACCGUUUCAAGGGAUCAUGGGAGGACGAGGAAGAAGUUAAUGAAGCUGAACUAAACGAGCUCUUCCCAACGUACGAGCAGGAGAAUCUGCCUAAUGCAAAUGAGGUUGGGCGCAUUGACCCCAAGAUGAUUGCUGUCCGCCUUGCCUCCCUUCAUGCCAAGAUUGUGGGCGACAAGCGUACCGGUCAAGCUCUGUCCACUUUUGUCAAGGAUACUGGUCGCCUGCUAGGAACCAUGUGGUCCAACAGCAAGGGUCAUUUCGCACCAGUGCCACCCCAACACCACCUUUCCCCGGUGUUUUUACUUCUGGACGACGUUGUUGGCGAAGAUGCUCAAGAUCGACAGAAGAACUACAACUUCUAUACCGACUCCAACAUUGCCGAAGCCAGGAGGCUCGUGACUCUCGCCCUCUCGAUCCAGGCUCGCUUUGUCCAGAUCCAGACUGCAUGGCCAGAGCAUACUAUUCUCCACGACGUUAUCACUUGCUGCACGGAGAUCCUUCAAUUCAAGCAUAUCGAACCCGUCGCCAAAUUCAUCACCAAGGUCGAGAAGCUCUACUCGCUGGUUCAUGAAUGGCAAGUGGUGGCCAGCAGAGAGUAUUCUGCCGCUCCUCUUUACGACGAGAUCACGAGCCUGAUCGUUGCUUGGCGUCGCCUUGAGCUUACGACAUGGGCGAAGCUCCUGGAUCUCGAGAAAGAGCGAUGUAUUGACGAUGUCAGUGCUUGGUGGUUUGUCGCAUAUGAAGCACUCUUCGCCGUGCCUAUUCAAAUGGCCGAGGCUGGAGAGAAAGACAUGAGCGAACACAUCCAUGGUGUCAUUUCAACUUUGGAACAAUUCUUCAAUACCACCACACUGGGCCAGUUCAGCCGCCGCCUUCAGCUUGUUACUGAUUUCCAAACUAUUCUCACCGUCUUCGGUAAAGACUAUGACUGCCUGAUGCCUUUCGUCUCCGCUCUUAAUAACUUUUUGUCUCACUACCGACCAUUUGAGCCCACCGUGGACAAGACCCUGCAGGACAAGAGAUCGGUUUUGGAGAAAGAUAUCAAGGAACAGAUCCAAUUGGCAAGCUGGAAGGAUACCGGCAUCGUUGCCCUAAAGGAGAGCGCCAGAAGGUCCCAUGUCAAGUUGUUCAAGCUGGUUCGCAAAUAUCGUGCGGCCCUGGGCGAGUCCGUCCAGCCAAUCCUUGAACAAGGCGUUCCCGAUUCUGGAGAGAACAGUGUCUAUACAUCUGAGCCGCAGAAUCUGGCAACUAUUGUCAUUCCUGAGGCCCUCUCGGCCUGUCAGAAGAGCAAUGAUCUCUGGUCGUCGAGAGCUCUCCGAUUCCAGAACCCGGAUGGAACAGCUCGCAGCAUGCAAAAUUUGUAUUCGGCUAUUCCAUCCGAAUUUGAUAUUGCCAAGGACCUUGAUGGGUUCGUUGUAUCUGUUAUUGAGACCAUGGAUGAGUUCAAGAAGUCAACGCCGAAGACCUUGACCGAAGACAACAAGGACGACGUCCAGCAUCUCAAGGUCCAGAAGCGCCGUCUCUACGCUGACACUUUGAAACGUCUCUUCGAGAUGGGUGUUAAGCGAAAUGCUGGAACAGCCAUCAUUGAAACCCAGGCAUCGAUCGCUCAAGUUCUGUCUACGAGUGCUGCCUUUGAAGUCGGCGUUACAGCCUCAGCCUCCAUUCGCAGUGCCGAGUCAUACUUCCACCGAUUGCUUGAUCUUCUGCCCCGCGCUCGUCUGGCAUCUCGCAACUAUUCUGAGGAGCUUAGCAAUGUUGAAGUUUCUAGGAGUAUGGGCUCGAUUGAGCAUCUACUGUUCCUGAUCCGCCGCCAGAGAGGUGUCCUUUCACCCGCACUUUCUGGUCUUGGAGAUCUCAAGGCUACCCUGAACAAGAUGCAGAACUUGUGGUCAAUUGGCUCGACUUCGCUCAUCAAGGCCAGCCCUUCUGCCACGGAAGAAUGCAUUGGCCUGACCAGAGUUGUCGCAUGGUUAACGCCAAUUCUUGGACUUGCCUCUAACGUCGUUGAAGUCCAUGCUAAGUUCUCAAGCGUCAAUACAUCAACCAUUCUUGAGGGGAUUCGAGUGAAGAAGACGAUUUUCGAUGACUUGCGCAAGUCUCUGGAGUCACUUCCUGCACUUCCGCCCGGCAUCGCAUUCCUAUCACAGCAGGAGCUCACCCAGCGAGCUCGGUCUUCUCUCGACCAACUUGUUGCUGACCUGAGCUGUUGGACACAGGAUCGCCCCGACCUCGCUUUUGCUUUGGAUCAGAUUACCCCAUGGACACAAGCAAGCCACAUUGCUCUUCCGACUCUCAGUGGCGCAGAUAACGUCUCGAUUGAAAGCUUCGACAACAGCCUUCUAGCUGCCAUUGACAAGAUGCUUGUCGGUCUUCAACGACUCAAGGACGUGCCUACUGGAAUCGACUUUAGUGGUCUGCUUUCAAGGAGCGACGAGUUCUUCUCCCGAGCCUCAAGGGCUGUUCACCUCAGCGAGAUCACCUUGUCGCUGGAGACAGUUCUCGACCAGUUGCAACACCUGCAAGACACCUCUGCUAAGACUCUCCCCAUUGCCGCUGCUUUGGUCACCAGUAUUCUCCCUAUUGCCAAUACAUACUAUCUUAUCUGCUACAAUCUGGCCGACCGCUUUACCUCGGUUCAUCGCCAAGUUUGCAAGACCUCCUACAUUUUGACAAAGACCUUUACUACGGUAGCGUCAGAAGGCCUAUGCAGCCCGGCCGAGGCAUCGCAAGAAGAGGGCAAAGAAGGUCAGAUGGAGAGUGGUACUGGUCUCGGUGAGGGUGAAGGCGCCGAGGAUAUCAGCAAAGAUAUCGGAGACGACGAAGACCUCUCGGAACUCGCUCAGCAGCAAAACAAGGAGGACACCAAAGACGAAAUGGAUGAUUCUGCCGAUGCUGUGAACAUGGAUCAGGAAGAACUGGAAGGCGAGACUGGUGAGAACAAUGAUGAUGAAGAUGAGGAAGACAAAGACAAGAGCGGUGAUGAAGGAGAAGACGACAUUGACGAGGAAGUCGGCAGUGUCGAUGGUCUUGAUUCUGGUGCUGUUGACGAGAAGCUGUGGGACGGAGCCAAUGAUGACCAGCAAAAGGAGACCGAGAACGAGGAAGGAAAGGGCCAAGAAGAGGCUGAUCAGCAAGCUGCCGCCCAAGAGCAACAGAAGGAAGGCGAAGAAGCCAAGAAAGGAGAAGAAGGAGAGGAGGAAGAAGAGGAUGAUGAAGAGGAGGAAGCCCCCGAUGAUGAGGGUGAAGCUGUUGGUCGUGAGGAUAUGGAUGUGACGGAUCCUCAGGCCAAGGAAGAGGAGACAUUGGAACUGCCCGAGGAAAUGCAGCUCGAUGGUAACGACAUGGAUGGCGGUGAUGAGGGUGAAGGUGAAGAUGACGAUGGCAUGAAUGAUCUCGAUGACAUGGGUCCUCUUCCAGAGGACGAACAGAAGGCCAAUGAAAUGGAUGAUCAGCCUGGUGGUGAAGAUGCGGACAUGCCGCCGGAGGAGCAAGCCCCCGGCGAGGAUGAAGAGAUGGCUGAUGGUGAAGAUACCAACGAAGGCGAAGGAAACGAAGAAGAAGAAGAGGCCGGUGGAGAGGAUCCCGAAGAAGCCCAGCAGGACGAAUUCCUUGCUAAACGCGACGACAAUGAAGAAGCCGGUGAAGAAGUUGCUCCUAGCGAAGCAGUCACCGGUGGCCUUGGUGCCGAUCAGGACCAGAAUGAUGACAAGGGUGCCUCUGGAGACGCACAACAGGAGAGUGGUGAGAAUGACCCGACUGCCAGCGCCGAGCAACAAACCGGUGCUGCCAAGGACAGCGAAGAAAGCAAGCGGAGUCGCGACCACGGCGGUGCUGAGGAUUCAGCUCCUAACGAUCCUCAAAUUCAAGCAUUCAAGAAACUCGGGGAUAUUCUCGAGGAAUGGCACCGUCGCCAGAAGGAAGUCUUGAAUCCGUCAGAAGAAGACGAAGAGUCGCAGCCUCUACCUCAAGAUACCGAUAUGGCGGAUGCCGACUUCGAGCACCUGAAGGACGAUGACGACCAGGCAGAUACUCAAGCUCUUGGACAAGCCAACGAGGACCAGGCUCAGGGUCUCGACCAGAACAAGGGCGUUGAGUCCGAGAACCAGCCGGGAGAGAACACUCUGCCAGAUGUCACAGAGGAAAACCAAGAGGCUCUGGAUAACCAGCUUCACGAUGAAAUGGAGCUGGAUCGAGGCAACCUCCCCACUGAUGGCCAAUCUGGAGCUUUCAUCCCUGGUGAUCACAUGUCUCGCGACAAUGCAGAGGGCGCUCUCGGAACCGAAGAUAUCAAUGAUGAAUUGGAUGAAGUCGAUUCUCAACUCGCGGCCAUUCAUCUCUCGUCUACGCUCCCUCCUUUGACACCAGAGCCCGAAGCCCGCCGUCUCUGGUCUCGCUACGAAUCUGCUACGAACGACCUGUCUCUGUCUCUUACUGAGCAGCUCCGUCUCAUUCUCGCACCUACCCUUGCAACUAAGCUUCGCGGCGAUUUCCGCACUGGUAAGCGCCUGAACAUCAAACGCAUCAUCCCGUACAUCGCCUCCCAAUACAAGCGUGACAAGAUCUGGAUGCGUCGUUCCAUUCCCUCUAAGCGCAACUACCAAAUCAUGCUUGCCGUCGACGACAGCAAGUCCAUGCUUGAAAGCGGCAGUGGCCAACUCGCCUUCGAGACUCUGGCCCUGGUUGCUAAGAGUCUGAGCAUGCUCGAGGUCGGAGACCUUUGUGUCCUCGGGUUCGGUGAUGAAGACCAUGUCCGCGUCGCACACGAGUUCGGCAAGCCGUUCUCCUCCGAGGCAGGCAUGCAGGUCUUCCAGCACUUCAGCUACCAGCAAACCGGCACAAACGUGCGCAAGCUAAUCGCCGACUCUAUCGCUCUCUUCCGCGAAGCGCGCUGGAAGCGAUCCCCCGGUUCUGGUUCCUCAGACCUGUGGCAGCUCGAGUUGAUUAUCUCCGAUGGUAUCUGCGAAGACCACGAUACUAUUCGACGUCUCGUGCGCCAAGCUCUCGAAGAGCGCAUUAUGAUCGUCUUCGUCAUUGUCGAUGCUGUCAAGGGAAGCUCUAUUCUCGACCUUUCGCAGGCUAGCUUCGAGGCUGAUCCUGACUCCAAUGGUGAGAUGAAGCUGAAGAUGAAGCGCUACCUUGAAGGUUUCCCCUUCCCUUACUACCUUGUUGUUCGUGAUGUCCGUGAGUUGCCAGCUGUUCUUGCUACUGCGUUGAAGCAGUGGUUUGCCGAGGUGGUGGAUGUCUCUUCUUGA